AUGUUAUCAAUUCCUUUAAUAGAUAAAGCUGUGACAAAUAUUUUCAUUCCAGAAAUUUAUGAUGAUCCAUUUGAUAGGAUUCAUUAUGUUAUGACAUCAUCAAUAAUUGGAUUUUUUGCAAUAAUGAUAUCAGCCAAACAAUAUAUUGGUAGUCCAAUUCAAUGUUGGACAUACAAAGAAUUUAGUAGUAGUUGGGAGCAGUAUGCUGAAGAUUAUUGUUUCAUAAGAAAUACUUAUUAUUAUCCAAUAAAUAUGUCACUUCCAUCAACUGAAUACUCCAAAUCAGGAAGAGAAAUAAAUUAUUAUCAAUGGGUUCCUAUCAUACUAUCAAUUCAAGCUUUUUUAUUUUAUUUUCCAAAUAUUAUCUGGAAAGGAAGCUUGUAA